AUGGCAUGGUCAAAGUCCUUGGCAAAGCUUUUUUCUCCGCUUGGUCGAGUUGCUAAAGACACGUCUACAGCAGAACUGCUGUCUACACACGGGUUUGUGUCUCAAGCCGGGUCUGGAAUAUACGAUCUGCUACCACUGGGAUUGAAGAUCCAGCACAACAUUGAGGGAAUUGUUCGCAGGCAUCUUAAUGCCUGUGGAUCGAACGAACUCGCCUUGGGAAGCCAAGUCAAUCCUGCCAUAUGGAGAAGGUCUGGGCGUCUUGAGGACCCUCCCUCGCCGGAACUGCAAUUUACAGAGAACCGAAAGCAUCUGCUGAACCCGACGGGCGAAGAGCAAAUAACUACGCUGGUUGGUAAUGUUUCUUACCGGCAGCUUCCGUUGAGUUUCUAUCAAAUUACAAGAAAGUACAGAAACGAGCUACGACCGCGUGGGGGGCUUUUACGCACCAGGGAGUUUCUCAUGCAAGAUCUGUAUACGUUCGAUGAAACCCGAGAAGGUGCCUAUACAGCGUACGCCAACGUGCAGGAAGCAUACCAUGGGAUUUUCAAAGAAAUCGGAGUUCCAUAUGUUGUGGUUGAAGCCGAAAAUGGUACUAUGGGUGGUGACCUCUCGCAUGAGUUCCAUUUCCUAGCCGAGCAAGGUGAAGAUCACAUUCUACACUGCAAAUCUUGUGGAAAUAAUGACCAAGUCGAGAAAGUUGGCGUCCUCGAUAGCUGCAGAAAGUGUGGCGGGGAGCUGUCCACGGUUAAUGGUAUCGAGGUCGGUCAUACUUUUUAUUUGGGAACUCGCUAUUCGCAACCACUACAAGCUAGUGUCACCCACAGCGACGGCACGAGCUCGCCCUUGGAAAUGGGCUGCUAUGGAAUUGGUGUGAGCAGACUGAUUUCAGCGAUUGCCGAGGUCAGCAGAGACGAGCACGGUCUUUGUUGGCCCCGAAGCGUCGCGGCGGCCCAGGUCUGUGUUGUUUCAAAGGACCUGUCUUUGGCCGCCGAGCUUUCUGACCAGCUUGCCCGUGCUGGCAUUGACUCUGUAUAUGAUGAUCGGACCCCCCAGCUCGGAUAUGCUCUUCGAGUAGCCCGAGAGAUGGGCUGGCCGUACGUGCUGGUUGCUGGUCGCAACUACGAGAAAACGGGCGAGCUGGAGCUCCAAGACCGCCAAACAGGCGAGGUCGUCAAGACCACGCGCGAGUCUUUUAUCGAUUUGCUUGUACAUAAGGUUCUAUCUUGA